AUGGCUGAAAACCUGUUGGGUGUUACGGCAUAUAGAUACGAUCAGUACUUGGUAUGUGGAAAAUACACAACUACCCUCCAGGCUUUUCAAAACGAGGCUUCCAAGAUGUCGUUGCUAGAUGUAACAACCACGACAUCCACUGGUGCGUCCAAAUGGCUUCAAGAUGCACUGGAGCGUUUUGAGACCUUGUUUUCUGCAGGAGACCAGUCUUUGUUCUUUUUGCUAUGGGAUGAAAUGUUUCCAUUAAACGAACGCAUCAAUGAUUUAUUGCUACGACAGCUUGAAUUUAUGCUUGGAGUUUAUUUCGCUGUUUAUCCUCUUUUGCCAAAUACGCUCAAUCCAAAGGCCUACAAGAUUGAAUCCACUAUGGACGCAUUUAAAAAAUUUAUAGAAACGAGAGGAGCGGACCAAGGUGGAACUUCGCAGUUUCUGCAAUAUUAUGCUUUACCAUACGUUCCAGACCCACAAGGACACCCAUCUUUCCAAAAUCUGUUUUUGGAUACGUGGGCACCAGAGUUGCACAAUCGCCUUGUCUCGUUUCUAAAAACCUCUCUGACUAAAAAGCAAGUUCCUCAACUGGUGAAUUUGCUAAAUGAGUCGCAUUUAAAUCAGCGUGGCCAUCCUCAAUGCAACCACAAUGUAGACACGCUAAACAUGAAUAUUCAAGAAUUGGAAAAUUAUAGCGAGCAUAUAAACAUAAAAUUACGAAACAUCCAAAUGGAUUAUCAAAGCCUGAUUGCCAUUACCUCGGAUCUAGUGCAAACUCUAGCGUCUAGUAUCAGCGGCGAAAAGAGGCUAUCAAAAAGCCAAAGUUGUGCCAGUCGAAGAGAAGUAUUGCAUAGUUUUAUUGCACAUGAUCUUUUAGAUAUACGCAAGGGAAAGGGAGUGAUUGCUGAUAUUUUUGGUAGACAGUCAUUGAUUGUCAAGGAACAGCUAGCUCAGCUAAUCAAUACUAUUGCCACCGAUUGGUCUGGACGCGAAUAUUUAUUGCUGAAAAAUGGACACCUUGUUUCUACGCUUUUGGAAGAAAUGAAAAGCAGAGUAGAAGAUUCGGAAUAUCGUCGGAAUCUCUUGGGUGCUCUUCAAAAACUAUCUCUCCGACGAGUUGCACAAUCUAUCAUGAACAAGUCUUGCACAAUUGCUUAUCUUCAAUCUAUACUCAAGGAUAUAGAUUCGCUUUCAGAGUAUACUAUUGAAUAUGCAACUGCGCUCAUGAUGAAUCUCUGUUUACGCAAACUCGGAAAACAGCAAUGCGCGGCAUCCCCAGAACAAACUCUUUUAGUUCUCAACAGUUUGAUUGAGCACGACAACAUCCAAGUAAAAACUUAUGUAAAUGGCACAAUAUACAGUAUAUUGUCCGAACCUGCUGUAAAAGAUCGCGCUCUUGCAAUUGGAAUGGAUGAACAACUGGGGUAUCUUCGGGAAAUCUCUGAAGAGCAGCUUGUAAAACAAAUUGAUUUUGUAAUUAUGAAGCUACAAUCAAAAGAGGAUGAAAAGGUUGACGAGGAUACUGUUUCUGAAGAUGGCGAAGAAGACGAUAAUAUCGAUGAAGAGGAUGAUUUGCCUGUUUUUGACGAGGAAGAAGUGAAUGAAAUUGCACCAGGAGAUGCUGAGACGCUUAUUGGUGACGAAUUGUUGGAGUCCUACGCAAUUUCAAAGCCAUCUAUCUCGAGUAUGAGUCGAGCAGAUAAAUCACGUAUCGCUCAUACUGGUGUACACACAGUUGCUGAUUUUAAACGUGCAAUGACUCCAUUGCGACCCUCUACACCUGGUAUGGGUCGUCGCGAAGGUGCCAAUAUUUUAAUGAACCAACCAAAUCAAACAAACUCCAACCCAACAAAUACUGGCCAGCCAAUUGCUUUUAGAGGAAAAGCAGACUUUGAUGUAGGAUUUUCUACACGACCCAAACUACAUCGCACACCAAUCCCUCAACUAACGGGUGAAUGUACCCAAUUUGGUACUGCCAAUAACAAAGCUCUGCAAGCCGUUUCAUCCAAGAUUGCCAACUCUUCGGUUUUCGGUGUUAGUCGACCCAACUCAUCAGCUCAUAUUGUUCGCGCGUCAAGUCGCCUUUCCCAGUUUUGA